GGAUCCCUUAUGCAUAAAAGACCUCCGACCUUGCGAAGGCCAUAUCAACUGCAAUAUGUAUUCAGCAAUAAAAUCGACUCAGACCGUCUGGGGUGCAUAUUUACCUCCUUUUGGUGUUCUGUGCACGCGCGCCAGCUGCUAACAUUGAGUAGCCUUACUGAUGGGCGCGAAGCUCUCCGCGUGCCUGCGUGGCCCGUCGCGCUCACACGAGCCCAACCACGAUGCGCAGCUGCAGCUUGAAGGCUCGCCGUUUGCACCCGCAUGCGUCCCAGAGGCUUUGAACACUUUACCAACAGAAGGUGUCUCUGCCGAUACAGAACCGGCUAAUACAUGCAGCGCCCUAAUGCUGCCCACCAGCCCUUCAGCGGACGCCGAACAGGCGCAGAUCGCGGUCAAACCAGCUGUGCAACUCAGCGGAACUGCCAAAAUAUUUGGCCGUCACUCGCUCAUGCCGGAGAUGCGCGUGGAAGAUAUCUUCGCAUCAGAGUCAUCGGUGCGGCUCCGCGAGGCCGGCUCCAUUGCGCCAUACCUACUGGCCUCGACACGGACGCUGAUCGCACCGGAGCACAUCUUGGUCAAUACCGUGGAUGAGUUGACCGAGGGCAUCGAGGUCAAGAACGCUCUGGGUUCAGGCGGCUUUGCAACGGUGUUCAAGGGCGUGUACCAGGCAAGCGAGGUGGCAGUGAAGCUGGCCAUCACGCCCAACAACACAGACCAGGACCUAUUCUGCUUUGAGGCAGUGCUGGCGCAGCAGCUGCGGCACCCGCACGUGGUGGCAACCUACUGUGCGCGGGGCGCCAAGAUGACGAUCGAGAUGAUUGAGGAGCUUUACAAGGCCCACGAGGCCGAGCUAGGGCUGCAGGCCGGCGGUGACAAGGGCGCAGGCGCAGCAGGAGGACGCGCGGCCGGCGGUGGCGGCGCCGGUUUUGCACAUCGGUACCGCAGUAUGCCGCCGGAGGCUUACAACCUUUUGCUCAAGCUGCCCUCUAUGCGCUCUGACGACAACAUGGGCAACCCUCGAGUGGUGGCACAGAAGCAGCAGGGUAGCGGCUGGGCUCACGCGCUUCAAACCAUCAGCGUUCUGCCCGACGAGAUCCUCAUGGUCAUGGUGCUGGAGCUGUGCGAGUCGGGCAGCCUGUCCAGCGCACUGCGGAACGGCACCUUCACGCCGCAGCCCGGGCGGCUGUCGCCGCUGACCGCUCGGCGUAUGCUGGUGCGCACCGCCACAGAGGUGUGCCGCGGCAUGUUGCACCUGCACAACGCCAACGUCAUACACGGCGACCUGAAGGUGCGAGCCAGCCAAGCAAGGCGGGAGCCUCGCAAGGCGUCCAUGAUCUAAAGACGCAACUUCUGAGCUCUCCUGUUGCUUACCUUCUUCGUGCUGCAGCAAUUAAUGUACCGUAUGAGUGCAUGCCCUGCAAGCCUGCUCUGAUGGUAUACCGUUUUGUGUUCCUGCCGUUAUUAACAAUGCCACCCGAUUUGCACCUGCCGGCCCUGCGGCCUCGCUCGCACACACGGCAGCCCAGCAAUGUGUUGCUGUCGCACUCAAGCAAGGACCGCCGUGGCUUUGUGGCCAAGGUGGGCGGGGCGAGGCCUUCUGAGGGCAAGCAGCAGUGCGGGGCGGUAUGUUAAGCAGCUGUCGAGUGGCUGUUGCGGAAUUCAGUGACUUCUUAGCCAAGCUUGGCAGCUAGCUGUCUGGAUCCAGGGCUGGUUUCACCGCCAGGAACGAUAACGCAAACGUGGCGCACAUGGUUGGGUUGAGGGGUCUGUACCGUGCGUGCCUGCUCGAACGCCGAUUGUGGUGCUGGAACACCGUUGUGUAUGGAGGUAGUGAGAACUACCGGGUUUGGAAGGCAAGGCCGUGUAAGUAGUCGGUGUA